AGAUAGAAUUUUAGAUUGAUUUUAUGAAUUGAAUUUCAUCUUACAAAAUUGAGUUUAGUUCCAUUUUUGGGGAUUCAAAAUUGAUUAUGGAGGUGUAGAAUUGAUUUUGACAUGUUCGGAUGUUAUCAAAUAGAACCAAUUUCGCCUACAGAGUUGGUUCUAAUUUGAAGCUAAGAUUUGUAGUUUUUGACUCCAACUUGACUUUUGCACUUAGAUUUAUUGUUCAACGCACGUUUCCGUUUAUAGGGAUAUGUUUCAGUACUUUUACUUUUACAUUCUAAUCCAAUUAUUCUUGGAAAGUCUCUGUUAAUGAGGAUGAAACUGGGCUAAUCAAUAAUUUCUUAAUACAGUGACACCAUAUAUUUUUAUUCUUUAAAUUUAAUUCCCCAAAUGAUGUCAAUUUUCUGCAACUCUUCUGUUAUAAUCUGUCAUUAUUUUUGUGGAGUUGAAUUAGCCUCAAUUCAAAUUGUGAGAGUUUCAUAUUGAACAAUUGUUAAUAAUUGGGAAACGUCUCUCGCCUUAUAAGUUAGUUUGGUAGAGUUUAGUUAUAUCCAACUUAAAUUGCAGUUGUAAUCGUAUCAAAUUAUAUCCAACUUAAAUUGCAGUCAUACUCCUUAAUAUGGCAACAGUUAUGUGUUUUUGUUCUGAACGAACUCAAAGAUUACACAAGAAAAUAGAGGAUAUCAUGCCCAAUGGUGGGGUGUAUCUAAUGAUUAACUUGGGUGACAAAUUGAGAAUGAGGCAUACCUUGAGUGGUAAUGCUGUGAGAUUUAUAUAGCUUGAAGUAAGGAGUAUUGUGCUUGUGUCAGGUAAUAAGUCCACUCUAAAACAGUUUUCCCCAAGUCAAUUGUUUUUGUUAGCAAGGAGAGUCAACUUAUAAGCAUAGUUGCAUUUAAGUGUGCUAACCUGCAACGGUAGCAUGAAACUGACAUUAUUGUUCGAUUUCUGACGACCAAUGAACAUUUGUAGAGUUUUUUUUUUUUGAACAGCAAUGAACAUUUGUAGUGUUUUAUGUGACUUUAAAAUUGUUAAGAGUAGAAGGAUGUGUACUCAUUUGACCUAGUCAGGGUAGUUGAGGUCCUUUGCUUAUGGAUCGAGGCCCCCUUUCUCCGAGCUAAUAAGCCAGGUAGGGAAGUUGACUUCGCUGAAGAUUCGAGGUAAUCCCUACUGAGGUUUCAAAGUCAUAUUGUUGAAGUGUCGCAGUCAUCUACCUGAGGUAACAAGGUCAUUCCCAUCCGAGCUAACGAGCUAGGUCGAGGACCUUGGCCUCGUCGAAAUCUUCCCGUUGAGGUUUUAAAAUCCAGUCCUGUUAGGCCUUGACUCAAUUCGAAACAGUUUUAAAAUUUUCUUAACCAAACUUUUCUUCCUUUUCUUUCAUUAAACAACGGAUCAAGAUUCCAUGCAGUCAAAAAGUAUAUGUAGUCAUGACUUACAUGCCUUUAGAUUAAAUUUUGAUAGGUCCAGUUUUGAAAAUGGAUGACUAAGAUUCACAUGCAGUCAAAUAGUGACCGCACGGAAUCCAUUUCUUUAAACAACAAACCAAAAAAUUGACAGCUGAUUUUAUUCUUUAAUUCUACUAUUUUCUUCUAUUUUGUUUGUUUUACUUAAUGACAUUUUAAGUUAAUGUCAACUUUUCUGUUUAAUUAAUCUGAUUAUUAAGAAAGUCGGAUUCCUCCUAUUGGACAUGCUCUUUUGUGAUUUCCAGCAAGCGGAUCUCUGACACCAUCACAUGUUGAGUCCUCAGCCUUCCUUGGAAUUUUGAAUGUGACAGCCGUUGAGUUCAAGAAAUAACAAUAAUACUUUGUCACAUGUUGAUAUCAAUCAACUUAAAUUACUUGUUUUUUUACAGAAUCAAGUUAAAUUACUUGGUCUUUGAAAAUAACAUUUUUAAUUUUAAUUUUUUAGUCCAACAUGUGUUAUUUUUAUUGAUGUUUCUUGAAAGCGUUUAGAUGAGAUGAUACAAGUCUCUUUAAACUUAACUAAGAUUGUGAGUUCGAUCCCUGACUUGGGCAUGCAACAACCCUAAACUCUUACGUAGAGAGUAAGCAUGCCGUAUUUCUCAUGCAAUGUUUCUUUCAUCAAAAGUCAAACAUUAGAUUUGUCCUGCUAUUGUUUAGUGCAAAGAAAGAUUAUGUAGAUUAAUUAAUUAAUGAAUGAAAAUGUGUGGAAUCAACCUUUAAAUUGCACCUUGAGAGACAUCAAAAACUUCACAUUUCUCCAAAGUCUCCACUUAAAAAAACAAAGAAAAUGGUUAUGAGUAAGAUGAAGAAGAAAAUAGAACUAAUCUUCAUUCCCACACCAGGGAUUAGUCACUUAGUUUCAUCACUACAAUUUGCAAAACACUUAAUCAGCACUAAUAUCAAUCUUUCCAUUACAGUCCUAUGCAUCAAUUUCCCAAACACACCAUUUUCUGAUUCAUACAUCAAAUCAGUUCUAGACACACAACCUCAAAUCCAACUCAUUGAUCUUCCUCAAGUAGAAUCACCACCAAAGGAGCUAUUAAUAUCCCCACCAUGCUACAUCAAAACCCUCAUGCAAACCCUUACACCUCAUGUCAAAUCCACCAUUCAAACCAUUUUGUCAUCUCAUGCAAACCAAGUUGUUGGUUUAGUCUUAGAUUUAUUCUGUCUUUCAAUGAUUGAUGUUGGAAAUGAACUUGGUAUCCCUUCUUAUUUAUUCAUGACAUCAAAUGUUGGUUUUUUAGGCUUUGUGUUUUCUCUUCAAAACCGUCGAAUCGACGAUGUGUUCGAUCAUUCUGAACCGGAGUUGUUGAUUCCUGGUUUCUCAAACCUAGUACCUUCUAAUGUUUUACCUAAUUCUGCUUAUAGCAAAGAUGGUGGCUAUGAAGCCUAUUACAAACUUGCUCAAAAAAUCAAUGAAACCAAAGGAAUUAUUGUUAAUACUUUUUCUGAGUUGGAAAAGUAUGCUAUUGAUGCAUUAUCUAAUGAAAAAACUCCUCCUAUCCAUGCUGUUGGUCCUUUGAUUGAUCUCAAAGUUCAUCCUAACCCUAAUAUAGAUCAAUCUCAACAUGAUCUUAUAUUAAAAUGGCUAGACAAGCAGCCACAUAAAUCUGUUGUUUUUCUAUGUUUUGGAAGCUUUGGAGUUAAAUUUGAUCCAUCUCAAAUAAGAGAAAUAGCAUUAGGACUUAUGAAUAGUGGAGUAAGGUUUUUAUGGUCUAAUAAUGCCGAGAAAAAAGUGUUACCAGACAGGUUUUUCGAAUGGAUGGAAUCGGAAGGUAAGGGAAUGAUAUGUGGAUGGGCACCACAAGUUGAGAUAUUGGCACAUAAAGCUAUCGGUGGAUUUGUUUCGCAUUGUGGAUGGAAUUCUAUUUUAGAAAGUUUAUGGUUUGGUGUGCCAAUAUUGACAUGGCCUAUUUAUGCAGAACAACAGUUGAAUGCUUUUAAGAUGGUGAAGGAAUUGGGAUUAGCUGUGGAGUUGAGAGUGGAUUAUAGAAUAGGUAGUAAAGAUCUUGUUAUUGCUGAGGAGAUUGAGAAAGGGUUGAAGCAUUUGAUGGAGAAAGAUAAUAUGGUACACAAGAAAGUUCAAGAGAUGAAAGAGUUGGCUAGGAAUAGUGUUGUUGAUGGUGGAUCUUCCUUUAUUUCUGUUAGGAAACUUAUUGAUAAUAUGAUGGGAAGCAACUGAUAAUAAACUAUUGUUUUGCUUUUAUAAAUGUUGAUCUUUUCCUUUAAGAAUCAAUGAAUAAAAAAGUUAUAUUUUGCCAGCUACUUAGCUCAUGUGAGUAUGUGAAAAGUUUAUAUUUAGAAACAAGACUAUUAUUAAUUAAUACUACGAAAAUGUUGGCAUUGUGCAUGACAAAUUUACUUGAGUGAUAUAUGAAAAUUAAAGUGCAACUUUAAAAAGCUUCCGAAUAAAGUCACAACUUGUUAAGAUACCAGCAGCUCGGCUUAUGGUAUUGUAUCCGAAUCUGAUGACAUAUAGUCAUAUUAGGUUUUAGUUACUAUUUUUAAAGUCUUUUAAUAAGUUUUUAUGCGUAAUUACAUGGUGGUUUAGAGGUGAUUAUAGUCGGAGUUGAAAUUUCACAAAGAUUUUGAAGACAAAUCAUAAAACAAG